AUGGGGUCGGUGUGCUUUAAAGCCCAAAAGGAAGCGGAAGAGGGGGAGAGAGAGCAGAAUAAAUCAAGGGAAGAGCAGCGGCAGCAGGCACAACCCGAAUCUGGUCAGUCCCAGCAGCAGCAGCAGCAACAGCAGGAGGCGGAGGGAGCAGUGGCAGAGAAGCGGCAGCAGGAACAGCCACAAUCCGACGAGCAGAGACAACCGUCCGAUGGUGCUGUACUUACGGAUCAAGGGCCUGGGAAAGCCCAGCCAUCCGAGCAACAGCAGGCCGCACAUGGAGACAGGGCGGCGGAAAGUAACGGCAUACCAGGUAAAGGCCAAAUUCAUCACAACCACUCCCCCUGCCCACAUUGCGUUUCCACCACCACCCCCCCUGCUCGCAUUGCGUCUCCCCCACCACUCCCCAUGUCCACACUGCGUCCCCACCAUCGGCCCCCCUGCUUGCGUCACCCCCACCUCUCCCCCUGCUCACAUUGCGUCUCCCACAACCAACUCCCCUGCCCACAUUGCGUUCCCCCCACCUCUCCCUCUGCUCACAUUGCGUCUCUCACAACCAACUCCCCUGCCCACAUUGCGUUCCCCCCACCUCUCCCUCUACUCACAUUGCAUUCCCCCCACCUCUACCCUGCCCACAUUGCGUUCCCCCCACCUCUCCCUCUGCUCACAUUGCUUUCCCCCAACCACUCUUCCUGCUCACAUUGCUUCCCCCACACCACCCCACCUGCUCACAUUGCGUCUCCCGCCCACACCAACCCCCCUGCUCACAUUGCGUCUCCUGCCCACACCAACUUUCCUGCCCACAUUGCGCCCACCCCCACUCUUUUCCCCUCCGUUUCUCCCGCCUUGCCCACACUGCUUCUCCCUCACCACCCCGCAUGCCCAUCCUGCUUCUCCCCUCUCCCCCCCUGCCCCUGCUGUUUUCUUCCACCACCCCUGCCAGCCCACCCUGCUUUCCUGAUUUUCCCCUACCACUCCCCCUGCCCACCCAGCGUCUCCUCCACCCCCCCGCUCCCUUCUCUUGCCCGCACUGCCAUGAUUCCCCCCAUGCCUUUUCUCCUCCCAUCCAUCUCCGUCAUCAACCUCGUGCCUUGCUUCGCCCCCACCCAUCCAAUCCUGACCUCCCACCCUGAUCCGCAGCAGGACCAGCAGCGUCACAACCCCUAA